GGCGCGCUGCCCCCCGAGGAGGAGCUGAAAGCCACGGUGCUGCAGCUGCGGGAGACCGUCCUGCAGCAGAAGGAGACCAUCGGGAGUCAGCGGGAGGCCAUCCGGGAGCUCACCGGCAAGCUGAGCCGCUGCGAGAGCGCCGACGGCAAGUCCGCCGCGGGGACGUGGAAGAAGGAGCUGGGCAAGGGCAAGGACACUAUGGGCGACUUGCCGCGGGACCCGGCGCAGGUCAUCGACCAGCUGAGCCGCACCAUGCAGACGCUGAAGGACCGGCUGGGGGACCUACAGCACCAACUCCGAGCCAAUGUGUCAUAUGCAGCGCUGCCUAAUGACCUUCGAGAGAUGCUUCAACGGAGGCUUGGAGACCUGGAACGCCAACUCCUGAGCAAAGUGGCCGAGCUUGAGGAUGAAAAGUCUUUGCUUCAUAAUGAGACAUCUGCCCAUCGGCAGAAGACAGAGACAGCCUUGAAUGCAUUGCUAGAAAGAGUAUCUGAAUUAGAAAAAGGUAACAGUGCAUUUAAAUCUCCUGAUGAAUUCAAAGUCUCCCUUCCUCUUCGCACAAACUACUUAUAUGGGAAGAUCAAGAAGACUCUGCCAGAGCUGUAUGCUUUUACUGUAUGCUUGUGGUUGAGAUCAAGUGCUUCUCCUGGAAUUGGCACUCCAUUCUCAUAUGCUGUUCCCGGGCAGGCUAAUGAAAUUGUCCUCAUAGAAUGGGGGAAUAAUCCAAUUGAACUGCUAAUUAAUGAUAAGGUUGCCCAGCUCCCUCUCUUCAUUAGUGAUGGAAAAUGGCAUCAUAUCUGUAUAACAUGGACAACCAGAGAUGGAAUGUGGGAGGCUUUUCAGGAUGGAGAGAAACUUGGCACUGGGGAGAAUCUUGCUCCUUGGCACCCAAUUAAACCUGGAGGUGUCUUGAUCCUGGGUCAGGAGCAGGACACAGUAGGAGGAAGAUUUGAUGCAACUCAAGCCUUCGUUGGGGAGAUGAGCCAGUUCAAUAUAUGGGACAGGGUCUUAAAAGCUGAAGACAUCAUGAAUAUUGCUAACUGCUCUACCAACAUGCCUGGCAACGUCAUACCCUGGGUUGAUAACAACGUUGAUGUGUUUGGAGGUGCUACUAAAUGGCCUGUGGAGACGUGUGAGGAGCGUCUGCUAGAUUUAUAG